GUAGAUUUGACGUUCUUAUUUUUAUUCACGCUUCAUCUUCGAUAUUUCUGUGAAAUUAGGGUUUAUUACUAUUCUUCUUUUUCCUAGUUUCAGCUAAGAAAAAUGGCAACUGAACAACAAAAAACGGCGAAGGAAGAAGUAAAGUUGGAUUUGUUCGAAGACGACGAUGAAUUUGAAGAAUUUGAAAUCAAUGAAGACUGGGGCAAUGAGGAAGAAGGGAAGGAAGUGGCUCAGCAGUGGGAAGAUGAUUGGGAUGAUGAUGACGUGACUGAUGACUUCUCACUGCAACUGAGAAAGGAACUCGAGAAUAACACUGAGAUGAAGUGAGUUUGAAUCGUUUGUCUCUCAUGGUUUCGAUGUGCUCUGCACACUUGCUUGUUUGAAUGAAUAUUCCUUUCCUUGCAAAAAAUAAUGUAUGGACUUUUUAACUUGUUUUAAUAGGCUUGGAUUGUAUGUUUGGUCUAAACUUUGAAUGCAGAAAUUGGUUUUAUGGUUAUAUAGCCUUUGAUUUAACUCUGCUCAAUGCCACGAGCUUGUGCUUUGUUAAACCUAGUUUUCUUUAC